AUGCCCAACGACGACGCAUUCAGCAAGCCCUCGGCCCCGUCGGAGCCCCCGCACGGCCCCGGGGCACCGCCGCAGGGCAAGGCCGGGGGCUUCGGCAAAGGGGCCGGGGCGCUGCUGGGAACCUCCGGCGCCGGAGGCAGCGGCGGCGGCGGCUCGGGGGCGACCGGCACGGGUGCCGGGAGCAAAAAGUCUCCGCGGCUGCCCAAGUGCGCGCGAUGCAGGAACCACGGCUACGCGUCGCCGCUCAAGGGCCACAAGCGCUUCUGCAUGUGGCGGGACUGCCAGUGCAAGAAGUGCAACCUGAUCGCCGAGAGGCAGCGCGUGAUGGCCGCGCAGGUGGCCCUGAGAAGGCAGCAGGCCCAAGAGGAGGAACUGGGCAUCAGCCACCCCAUCCCGCUGCCCAGUGCGACCGAGCUGCUGGUCAAGAGAGAGAACAACGGCGGCAGCGCGUGCCUGAUGACCGAGAGCGGCAGCUCCGCGCCGCCGCCCCCGCCGCUGCCUCCGACGCCGGUGGGCGCCCCCGCCAACGGGCGGAUGGUCAUCCAGGAUAUUCCUGCUGUCACCAGCAGAGGGCACGUGGAGAACGCACCUGACCUGGUUUCAGACUCCACCUACUACAGCAGCUUCUAUCAGCCGUCUCUGUUUCCGUACUACAACAACCUGUACAACUAUCCGCAGUACCCCGUGGCCUUGACUGCUGAAUCUCCUUCCGGGGACAUGGGAAACCCCCUUGGGGGAUCCCCGGUGAAGAACAGCCUUCGCAGCCUCCCGGCACCUUAUAUGCCUGGUCAGACAGGAAACCAGUGGCAGCCGAUGAAAACCUCAGAGAACCGCCACCCUGUGGGUUCCCAGUACAGGAUGCAUUCGUACUACCCAGCUCCCUCCUACCUGGGCCAGAGCGUGUCCCAGAUCUUCACUUUUGAGGAUGGCCCUCCCUACCCGGAAACCAAAGCGAGCGUCUUCUCGCCCCCCAGCAGUCAAGAUUCGGGCUUGGUCUCCCUCUCCAGCAGCUCUCCCAUUAGCAACGAGAGCACAAAGGGAGUGCUUGAAUGUGAGCCCGCCUCCGAGCCCAGCAGCUUUGCGGUCACUCCCGGCAUCGACGACGACGACGACGAGUGA